AUGUCAGCAACACUACAGUCAGCUAGGAAACAACCAGAAUUUAAAAUCGCCGUUGUUGGAGGUGGAGGUGUCGGUAAGAGCGCACUCACCAUCCAAUUCGUUCAACACUUCUUUCAGCCACAAUAUGAUCCCACCAUUGAAGACAGUUAUCAAAAACAAAUGAAGGUGGAUGAUAAAGUUGUACAAUUAGAAAUUACAGAUACUGCUGGACAAGAUGAAUUGUAA